UGAUCUUCAGUGUUUCGUUCUGACACGAUAGAAUUCGAAAUUAUUUUGAAAUAAUGUCAUAGAAAUAUAACUAAAAUCAUUUUUUUUGUUACAUUUUUCUAUUUUUCUUCAUAUUUGCUUAAACUUGCGGACAUGUAUAGGCGUUUAAGGGAUACUGCAGAGGUCAAAAGAAUUCAGGCUCUUAAGGCGUUGUUUAAAAAAGUUAUUCGCAUGGUGAGCUUAAAUAAUCCUUGGAAAGACAGCGAUGACGACCACAAGGUAACUUCGUACGUUAAGAGGAAUAUAUCCACUCGGGUUCGGUCACGACCCAGAACAGGGUUCCUCACAGCAGCGGAAAAAACAAUAAUUCGCACACCGCACGUGAGACGAACCAUUCCGGAAAGAAUGAAAUUGUGUUCGUUGUUUGCCAAGUUAAGAUGCUUAGCUCGUUUUACUCCAAAACUCCGCGCACGCUUAGUUCCUGUGCUCCGCUUGAUGCCUGUUGAUGCGGGCCGAAUUAUCAUAAGGCAAUCGGAUGUGCCUAUAACAGUGUUUUUUGUUAUAUCGGGGGAAGUGCACAUGAUUCAAGACAAUGACAAGGAGGAAAAUGAGGUGGUAAAAGGCAUUCUCGGUCCUGGAGAUAUGAUGGGAGAUGUGGAGCUGAUAGAAGGUAUCAAAAGAACACGCACCUUUAGAGCAGCAACUUACUGCGAGCUGCUGGUGCUUUUCGACUAUGACUUUGCGCCGAUUCUCGGGCCCCACAUGACAAAAAUUUGGGACGAGAAGAAACGGGCCCUCAAGGCGCUGGACUACUUUGAUUUUCUCGACGAUGACCAGAUCGUGGAAGCCUGCCGAUUCGGGAGGCUAAAGCAAUUCCAUCCGCUGGAUACCAUAUACUGUGACGACAUAGGAUCCAUGACAAAUGUUCACUUUGUGCUCAGUGGUGAAUGUCUGAUACUUCAAUGCUUAAAUAUGAGUGUUAGCUUGAAAAAGGGAAAAAAGGUUUUUCAACUAAUGCCAACGACUGCGGGCGAUGUGUCGAAAAUGUUUAGACAAGGCGUUAGAUCCACUCUGGUCAGUCCAAGUAAAUCGGAGAAUCUUUCGAAAAUAGAUAUAGUUGAUAUUGUGGAAAGUUCGAGUACCAGUGCCAAGGAAAAUGGACACAAUUCUACACUCAAUCGCACGAUGCGUAAAAUGCAAUUAAGAGAUAUUGAAAAAGCAUGUGGUUUGGUCAAAUCAUUACCGCCGCCUAAACCACGUAUUACAUUGCGGCGUUCAAAUCAAAAGUCAAAUAUUACAGUAUUCUCUGAAACCAAAAAUGAUUUUAUUUACGAAGACAUUUUCGAGAAUUUUUGGGAGAUCUGCGAAGAUGAAGAUGACGAUGACAUAGAAAUAAGCUCAUCUGAUACAAAAGAGUUGAGCUUAGAGCUCAGACCGCCUUUUCAUACUUCUCCUGUUGUCUACAAUAAGGAUGAAAAUGAUCAGGAUGACAGUGAUUUUGUUCAUCGUCUCUUUCUAGAUCUACAUCGAGCAGUAAUUGUGCAACUACACCCGUUGUCGAAAGCCAUUUCAUCGAUGUCGGUACUCUAACGUUUGGAGGAAUUUUCGGCUUGGGCGAGACAAUGGAGCACCGAGUGAUAAUGGCCAGAACCACGGUUCAGUGUCUGACCCUUCCCAGGUUUUUUCUACUAGAAAAGAAGCAAAAUCCUGGCAACAUCUGGGAGC